ACCUCGUCAAUUAGUGAUUUUUAAAAUUGUGUUGGCAUCAUUGGCUCCAAUUCAAUGCACUUGAACACAUCUUCGCAACGUAUGUCAACGACACAUCUUACCGAUUUCUUACGGACGGUCUGCCUGUCGUUGAUCCGUGGCACGGCCGACGUGGUGAUUGCAUAUAAUGGCCGCGACGCAACUAAACAGAGCUCGUACCAUCAAGAAAGUCGAAAAACCUCGGCCGCUUAAGCUCAAUCAACGCCACUCGACCGUCGAUGGACGGAUUACGACUGUGGAGGACAUAGUGUCCUUAAUCGACAACGUUGCAAUGCAACUAACAAAUGGCUUCCAUGACCGAACGCUGCAAAUGAAUGUGGUUACAAUGUGUAACCAUCUGAAACUUUAUGCCUAUCAAUUAGAAGCUAUUUACAAAGAUCAGCUGGAUAGAGCUUUUGUGGCGAUCAGAAAUGGAAGUCAGGACGAAAAACUAGAUCUGACGACUAGGGUUCACUUGCUGGAACUUAUAGAGUUAAGAGCUAAGCAAUGGCGUCACACAGAUUCUAUGGAUGUGUAUUAUACACAGAAAUUAUCACAUUUGGAUAAUGCCGAAACAAUUCCCGACACACCCACAAACGCGUUAUCGUCUCCUCUGGCAAUGUCUUCGCCCACCAUAGCGCCGAUCUUAGGACCCGGUGAAGUUAUAAAAAAUAGUGGCAAAUUUGUUAAACCCACGCGUAUUCCUGGGAAAAAUUACUGCAAAGAUGAAGUUGUUAUACGUAACAGUGAUUCUGGCAAAGUGAUGGGAAUAAAAGGGCGGCGGGUUCACAUGAUCGAAGAGCUCAGCCAGACAAUCAUCUCCUUCCAGCGAGUAAACCCUGGAGCCAAAGAACGACUUGUCCAAAUCACGGGUACUUCCGAGGACAAGAUACAUUAUGCGAAGGACUUGAUAAAAGAUACGAUUCAACGAAAUGCAUCGCCGGUGAGAUUGGAGCAAAGUGGAGGAGAUAAGAGUGCUAUGGGAGGUUCUAGUUCCUCGUUAAAUAGCAGCGCGUCAGAUGAAAGUAAUCGGUUACAACAUCAGCAACAAAACUCUCGCGUACAUACUCUCCUCCACAGCUUCUCCACCAACGACGCCAGUAUAGGCGAAUAUAAAUACACGGUUACAGUCGGUAACCAAUCUCUGAAGAUUACAGGAUGCAAUCUGGAUCUUGUUAGGACUGCAAAGCUGGUCUUAGAUGAAUAUUUCUUGGGAGACUCUGACUUCACAAGCGGUAUAGAAUACUUCAAUUUUGAAGAAGAGUCCCCUUACUCAGUCUCGUCUUCCAAUACACAAAAAGCACCGUUAACACCAAGUAAUACCAAUGAAAUAAGCCGAGAAUUAAACAUGGACAGUACUGCUACUUCAGAAAGCGAGGAGACAUACAAACCGCGUAUAAUUUCUGAAGCAAAUCCUUCGACUCAGGAAGUUCCAGAAGUCAGAGAACUCACGUACGAGUUUUUGUUGCUGUGUUCAACUGGUCCUUACGCUAAACGACCACCUGCAGAUUGGGCUCGUAUUCAGAAGGAGUGUCCCAACAUUGUUCGCAAGGCACCGAUUCGCUGGUUCGAACCGGAAGCAUACAAAGCUAAGGUAGCAGCUGCUGGUCUUGUUACAGUAUUGCCGAUCGGAGACGGGGAAACUGAUCCGGAAUGAAAUUGAGAAAAUAACAUUUUUGAUCAUCUUGAAAUCGUAUGUAUUAAUAGCAAUCUUUACAUCGGUAUUUUUAUCUCGAUGUAUUGUGAUAAAUUCUCAGAAAAAAAAACGUAGUAUCACAUUCGUUCAUACAUGAACGAAGGAUAACUACCUAUCCUCACAGCAUUCAAAAUGAGUGAGGCAAUCGGUAUUGCACAAUUCAGAUGAAGCAAUACGAAAUGAUCGGUGCAUAUUUAUAAACUUAUGCGUGUUUAAAUCUAAAUUUUCUUCAAAUAAUAAUGAUCGUACUCUUUUUUUU